AUAAAUGGCCUCAGUGUUUACAGUUAGUUAUUAGAGGUCCUAUGCUGCUGUCGCCAGCUGGAAGUCAAAAUGUCUCCGCCGUGCAACAGCACAAUGUGUUUCUCUUAACUGCUCGACACUGGUCUAACUUCACAGGAUUCAUUUGUUUUUGUUUUUCCCCAGACCUUUUGUUGUUGUUUUUUUUUUCUCCCUCCUUCACUUGUAACUGAAGAAGACGCGUCGAGAGGAAACUUCUGCUCGAGGUCAUCUUAAAGUUGAGAGAAGGUCUACGUUGAAGGCUGCAGCCAUGGUGUUGAUUCUGGGCAGAAGGAUGAUCAGGGAGGAGUCAGGGACCAGAGAUUCGCCGGCCGUCAAACGCAAGGUCUUUGAGGUUGAUUCCAAGACUCUAGCCAGCCAGGAUGUCUUGGACUUCUGCUCUGGCGCAUCCCACUCAGACGGUAUCCUUCAGGUGUUCAACGAGUUCCGUGACUGCCGCCUGUUCACUGAUGUGGUCAUCAGCGUGCAGGGCCGCGAGUUCCCGUGCCAUCGCGCUGUGCUCUCCGCAUGCUCCUCUUACUUCAGAGCCAUGUUCUGCAAUGAUCACCGCGAGAGCCGCGAGAUGCUGGUGGAGAUCAAUGGCAUCCUGGCCGAGGCGAUGGACUCCUUCCUCUCCUAUGUUUACACUGGCCGCGCCAAGAUCACCACUGAGAAUGUCCAGUUCCUCUUCGAGACCUCCAGCCUCUUCCAGAUCGCCACGCUGCGUGAUGCCUGUGCAAAGUUCCUGGAGGACCAGUUGGACCCGUGCAACUGCCUGGGCAUCCAGCAAUUCGCAGGUGCUCAUGCCCUGAAGCAGUUGGCGAGCCGCUGCCGAAGUUACGCCCUGGCCAACUUCUCAGAGGUAGCCCAGCACGAGGAGUUCCUCGACCUGCGCAAAGAGGAGCUGGAAGAGCACAUUGCUAGCGAUGAGCUGUCCAUCGGAAAGGAGGAGGUGGUGUUCGAGGCCGUGAUGCGAUGGGUGUACCACAGCGUGGAGCACAGGAAGCCCAUGCUGAAGGACCUGCUGCACCAUGUGCGCCUGCCGCUUAUGCACCCCAACUACUUUGUCCAGACGGUAGAGGGAGAUCAGCUCAUCCAGAAUGCUCCUGAGUGCUACCAGCUCCUCCAUGAGGCCAGGCGCUACCACGUGCUAGGAAAUGAGAUGAUGUCACCCAGAACUUGUCCACGCAGGUCGACCGGCUUCUCUGAGGUGAUCGUGGUGGUGGGUGGCUGCGAGCGGAUCGGGGGCUUCAACCUGCCGUACACUGAAUGCUAUGAUCCAGUCACAGGAGAGUGGAAGUCACUGGCCAAACUCCCUGAGUUUACCAAGUCAGAGUACGCUGUGUGUGCCCUCCGCAACGAUAUUCUGGUGUCCGGUGGUCGUAUCAACGGCAGGGAUGUGUGGAUGUACAACUCGCAGCUCAACCUCUGGAUCAGAGUGGCUUCUCUUAACAAAGGCCGCUGGAGACACAAGAUGUGUGUCCUCCUGGGCAAGGUCUAUGCCGUGGGAGGCUAUGAUGGCCAGAGCCGCCUGAGCAGUGUGGAGUGCUAUGACUCCUUCUCUAACCGCUGGACGGAGGUUGCACCAAUGAAAGAGGGGGUGAGCUCUCCUGCGGUGGCCAGCUGUGCCGGCAAGCUCUUUGUCAUUGGAGGAGGGCCCGAUGACGAAACAUGCUCAGACAAGGUUCAGUGCUACGAUCCAGAGGAAAAUUCUUGGUUACUACGGGCUAACAUCCCCAUCGCCAAGCGCUGUAUCACGGCAGUGUCCCUCAACAACCUGAUCUAUGUGUCCGGUGGUCUCACCAAGUCCAUAUACUGCUAUGACCCCAUAGAGGACUACUGGAUGCAUGUUGUUCAAACCUUUAACAAACAGGAGAGCUGCGGCAUGUCAGUCUGCAAUGGUAAGAUCUUCAUCCUUGGCGGCAGAGGGGAAAGUGGUGAAGCUACAGACACCAUCUUGUGUUACGACCCAUCGUCAGGCAUUAUCACAGGAGUGGCCGCCAUGCCAAGGCCAAUCUCUUACCAUGGCUGUGUCACCAUCCAUCGCUUCAAUGACAAGUAUCAUAAGAAAUAAGCAUGAAUAAACACACCGACACACUCACUCUGACGUGAGAGCACAAACUAUCAAACUUUAACUCUUUGAAAUUCAUGUUCUUCACGCUUACCCCAUGUACAGCUUCCUACUUUCUUUUUUUUUUUUACAACAGGCACAUUUUAUCACACCUUUCAGCUAAUGUUUUUUUGCACAGCAUCAUGUAGCAGUUGUCGAUUUGGUGCAGUAAAUCUUUCAUUGCUGUGCACCAUAGCUAUAAUAGCCCUUCUGUGAAAAUGCUUAGAGGGUGGUAAUGGUAAUGACCUGCCUGGAACUUGAGAUAAAGUGGAGUUAGAUCAACAUGGCAGAUUUGUCUCGCAUAAGCAGUAACGGCACAAGGUUGGAGAGAAAUGGAUCACGUAUUACAUGAUUAAAGUAACCGGAUCAUGAUUUAUGAAAUUAAUCUGAUUGCAGAAAUCCAGGAAAAACAUGAGAACUUAUUGAAUUCUCAAAAAAAAUAGAGAUCAUGAUAGUAUAAAUAAAAAUGUACGCUCUUAACUUUUGGAACACAGGUUAGUAGUAAGAUAAGAUUUCAUAAUCUUAAGGUUCACCUACUACCCAUAGCCCAUCAUGUGACCUAAAUGCAAUGCACAGGUCUUUUGUUUACAUUUGACCCCCCGAUUGGCUGAAAAAGCCCUUUGCAUAUGGUUUAAUAUGUAAGCUUAUGAUGGUUCAGAAUGUUUUUUCACAAUAUUUGUAAACAUUCUUUAAAAAAUGAUUAUGGUAAGUGUAGAGGAUGUAUAUCUUAUGUUUCAUACAGGAAACGUUUUGCCAAUAUAACCAAAAGAGCUCAAACUAAUAACAUUACGGUUAAUAUUUUGUAUGAAUUGUUUGUGAUUCUAGUUUGAUACUCGUUAUGAGCCGGUAAUCAGAUUAACAGUGAACUUCACAACAAUGUGCUUUUAUUACUGUGAAAAGUAACCUUACCUUUAGAUCUGGGUACCUGAUGAGCUAAAGCGAUCACAGAUAGUGCUAAUGAACAAAAACAGUGCCUUGUAGAGAUAGUUAAAAAAAACUCCAUACAACGCCGAGAGUCAUCUGCCUGCAGAAGCAAAAAUUUUGAAAGAAAGAUGGAACCAGGUCAAACAUCAGACCUUGUGAGUGUGCACUCAUUACAGCACAUCACAGCACUGGUCAAGAUUAUCACAAAAAAGUACUGUCCACAAUUUGUUUCUCUUUUCCGUGAUACUAAAAAUGACGUGUUGAAAAUGUGGUGAACAGUCAGCCAGCUGCUCACCAGCAAUAACGCUCGUCAUAAAUACAAGUUGCUCUUACCCAGGCUUAAGAGAAGAGCUAAAGAACGGAGGCUGUACCAUCAUAUUGGAACACAGUCAUUGUUAGCACUGCCCACUUGUUUCCGUUUGUCUCUCACAUCCCUGCGCUUAUCGCUCAGUUUCACAUCCUGUGUGUGUUUCCCAUUGCCCUGCUCCAGCUGUGUAACUUUAUUUUUCGUCAUUAUUCUUAUUACACUCAUUCCUGACAUUUUUCUUUAUUUUUUAAGUUAUACAUUACUUCGACUUUUUUUAUAAUUGGAUGUUUUUUGUAUUAACUGUAACUUAAGUGUGUCUAUCAACGUUUGUUGAUUGGUGCACUGGGCUUGUGUGUGGUUUUGUAGGUGUGAGAAACUUUGUAGAUCAAACUCAAAGACUGUUUUGAAUAGGUGGCGUGCUUGUUAUGUAGGCUGAAUGUAAAGAUGGACGACAUGACGGCCCCCCAAAAGUGAAGCCAAAGCAUGUCGAGCGCCACCUGCUGGGUGGCUGCAGUAUAGGUCGUAUAACCUGUCUUCUCCGUGUUAGUGGACAGGAUAUGGACCAAACUAUAAAAGUCAAAGUGCACUUCAAACACAUGGACAGGACGGAUUGAGGCUCUGGCUCAGCGUUUGUAUGUCAAAUUUUAACUUCUUAUCUGGAUAGAGGGAGGAGGUGUCUUCCAUCUUUAUAUACAGUCUAUGAUUUGCUUUGCAUGUAUGUUUAAAUGUAUGCGUGUGACUUUUAUGACUCAACCUGGAUGUGUUGGACUUUUGUCAAGGAGUUCCAGUGAACUCUGAUGCUGGCACCUCUCACCUGUACACGUACAUUUAAUGAUGUAACUCGGGGUAACCAUAGAGACCUCCAGGUGUGUAUGUGUUGAUAUGUGUUUACUGGUCAGCUUAGGUGGCAUGUGUAGCAGUGCUAUACCUCACGGGGGGAAUUCAGAGUUCUGAAUGAGGAGGAUUGUCGAUGGAGUGGCUUAUGGUCAGUAAAAGUCACCUUUUACAACAUUUGGUGUUGAUAGAGUAGAGAUAUUGCUGUGAACAUAACUUUAUUUUAAAUUUUGUUUGGUUUCGUUGUUUAAGCUGUAUUUAAAUGUGUAUCUUUCUUGGUUACAUAUUGUGUUUCUUUUUCUGAAACUAAGAGCCCCAAUUGUGCACUUUGACAGAAUCCUGUUAAAUGUAGAAUUAUAUGAUGAUGAUUUCCUUUUCUUUCUUUUUUUUUACUGUAUCAGUAAAUGUUCUUUGCCUUCAUGUGACGUAAGACUCAGGGCCUGUCAGCUCCUCCUGUCGGCCGCCACCUGUCAUAGCUCAACAGAAUAACAGAAUAACAAAACAACAAAGUUAGCUGCAGGCGAACAAUGCCAUUGUUGAGUCAGUGAGUCUAAACCUUACUCUAGGGUACUUGCUUCCGUCUGUCAGUCACAGUGACAGAAUACAUUUUAGCUUAAAUCUUCCCGUAAUGCAUUUUUUUUAGAAGGAGUUCUGUGUCAGGUCAUCAACUGGAGUACACACUGAAAAAAAAACAUCCCCAGGCCCUCACAAACUCAUCCGCAGAGUGACAUCCUGAGGGUUACACAGGAGGCCAACAAGAGGAGGCUGAGGGGUGAGGAAGUGGUAACGCAAAAGAGAUGGAGUAUUUGAUGCAGAACGUGACACUGUCCCGUAAUGUGGAUUUCAUUUUUCACUGCAUAGAGACUUUCAUAUAUUGUUUAUGCUUUUUGAUAAGAUUUCGUUGAUGUUUAUCGAUUUUAUGUGGUGAAUUCUGGGUCUGUGUUGCUGAGGUAUUUGCUCUCCCACAUGCUAAUGGCAUGCCUUAAAUUAAACAGAAGAGUGUUAAAAGUGAUAGAUGGAUUUUAGUAAGGAUGCGGAUUUAAGCCACAGUGUAUUCGAUUCAAUCCCAACAAGGACUUUGUUGAUAAAAGUGCGUCCAUGCAAGUUGGUGGCUUUAAACUGUUUAACUGCAUAAUGAUGCCCUAUGUGCCUUUACAAUUAAAACAAACUAAACUGUUGGGAAUUCAAUUGGAUCAUUUUGUUAUAAACUUUUACUAUCACCUUUCCUAAGAUGCUUUUUGUCAAACUGUGGUAAAGCUUUGUUUUUUAAUAUCCUGCAGUGUGUUGAAAUGUAAUGUUUGAGUUGUGUAAGAGAACCAUAAAUAAAGUUUUUCUGUCUUUACCAACA